AUGGGCGCUGCCAAGGGCGAGGCAGAGAAGCGGCUGAGCGUGCAGUACACGACGAGCGAAGAAUGCCCCGACAACGUCUUCUUCCCCAGCACACGGCCCCCGCACCUGGAGGAGCUGCACAACCAGGCUCAGCAGGGACUGAAAUCCCUGCAGCACCAGGGUAAGCAGAAGCAGACCAAAAGUGCCUGGGACCACGGGGACACCAGCAGCCUCCAGUCCUGCACAUCCUUGGAGGAUGACAGUGUGUCCUUCCGGAGCCGGACGGCCUCCUGUGCCACGGACAGCACCUCUGAGGAUGCCCUCUCCAUCCGCUCCGAGAUGAUCCAGCGGAAAGGUUCCACCUUCCGACCGCACGACUCCUUUUCCAAAUCCUCAGAGAGGGCUGGCAAAAAGAGGAAGGAGAGGAGGACAACAGUGUUGGGCAUCCCCCAGCAUGUCCAGAAGGAGCUGGGCCUCAGGAACAGCCGGGAAGCCAAGGGACACCCUGAAGCUGAUGGGGGAGGGCAGGCAGGGCAGGGGGGCAGCCAGGCACCCUUGCUGAACGGCAGGCAGGUCUCCGGCAACGCCAUCCGCAUUCCCACCAUUGACGGGAAGCUGCAGCCUCUGGCUGUGCCCGGGGGUGCCCGUGUCUGCCUGGGAGCCCUGGAGCAGGAAGACGUGGCCUUGCAGAAGCACAUCGACCGGGUUUACUACGACGACACGUUGCUGGGGAGGAAGACAGCGGCCAAGCUGUCACCGAUGGUGAGGCCGAAGUCACUGGCUGUGCCGGGCAUGACCACCAACGCCAGCCCUCCAGAGCUGCUGAGCCCGGUCAUGUCCAUCUCGCCCCAGGGCACCUACAUGUCCAAGAUCAUCCCCAACGCCAUCCUGCCCCCCAUGGUGGACGUGGUGGCCCUGACGCGCAGCAGCGUGCGGACGCUGAGCCGCUGCAGCCUGGUCACGAGCAGCCAGGCUGAGGGCUCAGACACGGGCAGCCUGGCCAGCGAGCGCUCCUCUGCCCGCAGCGUCUCCCUCAGGAAGAUGAAGAAGCCCCCGGCGCCCCCUCGCAGGACCUACUCGCUGCACCAGAAAGCUGAGGGGGAGCCCAAGGUGAUGGGGUUGCCCCCCAAACCCGACCGGAGGACCCAGCGGGAGAGCAGCACACCCUGGUCCCCACGCCCCGAGCCCUUCAGCCCCACGGCUGAGGACGAGGUCUUCUCCCCGUCGUCGCUGAGCGAAACCAGCAGCCUCCGCUCCGAGAGCCUGGUGGGCACCAGCUCCCCCGAAGCCUCGCGGGGCAGCCCUGGGGGGACGGUGGUGCUGAGGGAGCCCCAGGCCCAGAACCACCCAAAGACGCCGGGACCAGAGGCGCUGAGCGGCCCCGUGCCAGGCGGGAAGGCCAAGGCGGUGCCGGCGGACGAGAGCAGGACUAAGAGCGAGGCGGCGGGGACACCGGGCGGGAGCGACGCGGAGCCGCCGGCUCAGAGCCUCCCGGCACAAGCUGUGCAGUUCCCAAGCUAUGGGCUCCUGAGCUACAGGUUCCUGAGCUAUGGGUUCCUGAGCUACGGGUUGCUAAGCUAUGGAUUCCUAAGCUAUGGGCUCCUGAGCUAUGGGUUGCUGAGCUAUGGGUUCCUGAGCUACGGGUUCCUAAACUACGGGUUCCUAAGCUACAGGUUCCUGAGCUAUGGGUUCCUGAGCUACGGGUUGCUAAGCUAUGGAUUCCUAAGCUAUGGGCUCCUGAGCUAUGGGUUGCUGAGCUAUGGGUUCCUGAGCUACGGGUUCCUAAACUACGGGUUCCUAAGCUACAGGUUCCUGAGCUAUGGGUUCCUGAGCUACGGGUUGCUAAGCUAUGGGUUGCUAAGCUAUGGUUUCCUGAGCUAUGGGUUCCUAAGCUAUGGGUUCCUGAGCUAUGGGUUCCCAAGCUAUGGGUUCCUGAGCUAUGGGUUCCCCGAGCUAUACAGUUCCUGA